AUGCUCUGUCCGGCGUAUGAACGAGGCAAGACACAUCUGCCGUGGAACCCAGCGGAUGUCCCACCUCCAACAUACGUGAAGCAAUUCGAUGUGUCCCGAAAGAGCAGGGAGAUGGACCCGGUGCUUAUGCGACAUAGGUUCUUGGAGAAGCAUGAAGAGCGCAUGACCGAAGAGAAGCGUUUCCUCCGAGAGAGAGCGGAGGAAAAGUACCGACGCACGCACGACUACAACAUUAUCGCGGGAGCUUACUACGACCAGGACAAGGAGCGAAAAUUCGUCAAUUCGAGGGAUAAGCUCUUGACCAUGCAGGGGCGAGCGCAGCAGUACCGGUUGCCGCCUAGCAUACGGUAUGGCGAAGGGAACGGCUACAACAUCAUCAAUCAGCAGCCGAAGAAAACUGUCGUGGACAUGACAUCAGCAUCCGUGCAGGAUCGUGGACUCUCCAAGAGAACGCGCGGCCGCCAAACCUACGAGGACAACAUUCGCCAGCACGAGCGCGCCGCUGCCGCAAGCGAACAACGAACCCUCAACCGCCCUUCGCACAUGCGGCACGUCGAGGUGCUCCGGACUGGGCACAACGUUAUCUCCAACCAAGAUUUCGCGGGGCGCGAGGGAAAGCCACCCCCACAGCCGCGCGCGAAGCCACCGAUGCCUGUCUGGGACAGACUUAAGGGGAAGCACGAGAUGCCGGAAGCGGCAGCAAUCGGGUCGAUGCCUACGGCGGAGACCAACGACGGAGGCCAACAGCAUGGAGAUGUGACCGGACUUGGACAGACGAACUCGAGAGACGCGGGCGGUAGCAGUGGCAGGUGUGGGGGGCAAGUACCUGCUUCUCCCGGUGGGGCUCGAGGAACCGAGCAGCCAGGCACUCGUCGCGAGGCGCCUCCGCCGCUGCGAGAAGGAAGCAGCAACACUGGGGGACGGAUCGACGAUCAUGGCGGGGAGACAAACCGCGGCAUUGGAGGAAGGCCGUCGGCGGAGGCUGCGAUGCCAAGCACGAAGCCUGCCGUGCCUCCGUUGAAUCUUUCUCGCUCUUAA